GCAUGGAAGAAACGCUGGUUCGUCCUGCGCAGCGGUCGGAUGAGUGGCGACCCCGACGUCCUGGAGUACUACAAAAAUGACCACUCCAAGAAACCUUUGCGUGUGAUCAACCUCAAUUUCUGCGAGCAAGUGGAUGCAGGUCUGACCUUCAACAAGAAGGAGCUGCAAGACAGCUACAUCUUUGACAUCAAGACCAGUGACAGGACCUUCUACCUGGUGGCUGAGACCGAGGACGACAUGAACAAGUGGGUUCGCAGCAUCUGCCAGAUCUGUGGCUUCAACCAGUCCGAGGAGAACACAGAUACCCUGAGGAGCAUCGCCUCCAUGAACCACGCACCGCGGUCCUCCCCGGCAGAACUCAGCAGUGCCAGCCACCACCUGCUGCGAGAGCGCAAGUCCUCAGCGCCGUCCCACUCCAGCCAGCCCACCCUGUUCACCUUCGACUCGCCCGCCGGCCACCUCCAGAGCACCCUGUCUGCCAGUGCCCCCCAGGACUACCUUUUCCUCCACCAGUGUAUGAGCAGAAAGUCAGAAAAUGCAAGGAGUGCCAGCUUCUCCCAAGCCACGAGGUCUGCCUUCUUCAUGCGGAGUGACACGGCGGUCCAGAAGCUCUCACAGGGCAAUGGGCACUGCGUGAACGGGGUUGGAGGGCAGCUCCAUGGCUUUUACAGCCUGCCAAAACCCAGCCGGCACAACUCGGAGUUCAGGGACAGUGCGUAUGACCUCCCACGCGCCUUCGGUUCCUACACCCACCCCAAGUCGAGCCUCACCAGCUCCGAAACAGAUAAUGAGGAGGUCUACACCUACAAGACUCCCAACAACACCCUAUGCAAGGAGUUUGGGGAGCUCUCCACGGACUCGUAUGACAUCCCUGCCACCCCGCUCUCCAUCUACCAGAUCCCCAGGACAUUUACACUGGACAAGAACCACAACGCUCUGGCCAUGGCCGCCAGCGACUCGCCCGCUGCACCGCCCCCACGACCCCCAAAACCUGGGCAGACAGAGCCGCGGUGGGGCAGCCCGCCCCAGCGGCCCCAGCCUGGCGAAAGCUUAGGGCUGGCCCCCAUGGCAGCCACCAUUCCCCGGAGAAACACGCUGCCAGCAGUGGAGAACAGCAGGCUGCACCGAGCUUCUUCUUGUGAGACGUACGAAUACCCCCAGCACGGGGGCGGCAGCGCUGUGCAGUCAGUCGAGUCGAUGAACGACGGGUACAACUCCUACCUGCAAGCCAAGGCAGCGGUGGCCCGCUCCCAUAGCACCGACUCCGAGGACAACUACGUCCCCAUGAACCCUGGUUCCUCACCCCUGAUCCACGCUGAGAAAGCCAACGACAAUGCCCAAAAUCUCUACAUCCCCAUGAGCCCUGGGCCACAUCACUUUGACCUGGUGGGGUUGUCCUCGGCCACCCUCCCCGUGCAUAAAGGAGGAGCCAUGGCACAGUGCCACAGACGGUUGAGUGAAAUCCAGCCCCCGCCAGUCAACCGCAACCUCAAACCCGACCGGAAAGCAAAGCCAUCACCGCUGGACCUGAGGAACAACACUGUCAUCGAUGAGCUUCCCUUCAAAUCGCCAGUCACGAAAUCUUGGUCCAGGCCAACCCAGACCUUCAACGCCGGCUCUUUGCAAUACUGUCGCCCUGUCUCCUCCCAGAGCAUCACCAGCACUGACUCAGGAGACAGCGAGGAGAACUACGUGGCGAUGCAAAACCCCAUUUCUGCUUCUCCUGUUCCUAGUGGCACCAACAGCCCAGCGCCUAAAAAGAGUUCGGGGAGUGUGGAUUAUCUGGCCCUGGACUUCCAGCCAAGCUCGCCAGGGCCACACAGAAAGCCCUCCACCUCGUCAGUCGCCUCGGAUGAGAAGGUUGAUUACGUGCAAGUGGACAAGGAGAAGACGCAGGCGCUGCAGAGCACCAUGCAGGAGUGGACUGAUGUGCGGCAGUCCUCGGAGCCCGCCAAGAGCACGAAGCAGUAGCGCCUGGGGCAGGCAGCGAAACAGGCAAAUGUCCCGGAGGUUUUCCCCAGCUGGGGCCCUGCCAGGCUGCCAGCUCCACUUGGGCUGGAUUUCUAAGACUUGUCUGCGGAGGGG